AUGUCGGUCCUCAAGAUCUUUUUCUUGCUCGCCUUCCUCUUAAGCUAUGCUACUAUCAUCGGUGGUAGCAGCAUUGGGGCCUUGACUCCACCGGUCACUUCAACUUCUUCUGACACCCUGGCGCCAUCCUUCUGGUACAGCACCAUGAUUGUCAACCACGCCCCGCCAUUUCUUGUCACCUUCACCUCGACUCUCCCAGCUUCGCCCACCAUCUCUUCCACGUCCGCUCUACCAACCACAACCGUGGUGGUAACUGUCACUGGCCUUCCUCGGACCUCGACCGUUUACGUAUCUGACUCUGCGUCUUACAGCACUAUUACCGGUCUUUGCUACUUAGGCUCCAACGACGCGGUCGAGGUUCCUUGCACCUAUACAUCCGGGCUCACCUCAACUGCUAAUUCGCAAGGUACUACCACUGUUUCAACAUCUGCCGCCUUUACAAUCAAUACUCAAGCCCCUGUCGUUAGUAGCUUAGCUAUUCCCGCACAUUCCAACUGGGCCAAGUACUUGAGCGAACAUGCGAAGAAAGGCGCGAAAGUUAUCAAAGUGGACACUGUUACAACUUUUAUUGUCGAGAAUGGCAAGAAGGUGUUGGGUAUUCGUGGAUUGAGUCCCGUUGGGAAUUUUCUCUCUGCCCGAUCUAGCGUUAAAGAAACCCCCAACGGCCCUGUCCGCUGGGAACCCCUCAGCCACCAAUUUAUCCCUAUAGGCGGCGGCCCGGUAUGGGAAUCUUGCGACCACAUCCCAAUUAUAUUAAUGCCAUUCCUCAUGCCCAUCUUCACUCUGAUGACCGGUGCGUACAUCCUCGUCGAUUGGUCCAACAGUAGGUACAACUUCUGGAAGGUCCUCAUAUACAUUCUAUUCUGGUCGUUCUCCCUCCCAGUCUUUGUCUAUCUGGAAGUCAAUAAGGGUCAAGUGAAGACAGGUUGGGAUGCUUGUGCAGACAAGAGUCGUGAGUAUAUGAUCCAACCCGGCUAUACUCAAGCCCCUUCUGCGUAA